AUGUCUAGCAUUGGGUUAGGUGAUAAAUGGAAGAAAUGGAUGGUUUCUAGUGUAACCAAAGCAAGAGUUUCAGUAUUAGUGAAUGGGACUCUAACAGAUGAGUUUUCUCCUCAGAAAUGGAUUAGGCUCAACAUUCUAUUAGAAAGGGCAAAGGAGAUAGGAUUGUUAAAGGGUGCUUCUAUUGAGCCAUCUGAGUUGAAGCUUUCUCGUCUUCAAUUUGCAGACAAUAAUAUAAUCUUCUAUGAAGAUGUGAAGGAGGAAAUUAUAGUUAUUAAAAGGAUUCUUAAAUGUUUUGAAGUGAUAUCAGGGCUUAAGAUUAAUUUUCACAAGAGUGUAGUAUGUGGUGUAGAAGUGUCUGAUGAGAAGACCCAGGAGUUUGCCUCUAUUCUGAAUUGUUCAAGUCAAAAACUACCUCUGAAGUAUUUAGGUUUUCCUCUUGGUGCUAGCCUGAGAAGCAGGAGGACUUGGAAACCAGUGGUUGAUAAGAUCAGGUUCACGUUGGCAUCAUGGAAGAGAAAACUUUUGUCUUUUGCUGGUAGCCUUACUUUGAUAAGGUUGGUAUUGUCAAAUUGA